AACAGAGACAUCGAUAAUCCACUGUAAGAUUUUACACUUUCGAAGAGCAUUUCACGUUUUCAAUAUAAUCCUAAAUUAAAACACUCAUAACUCAUGGCCAUGGCUAACGUAAAUAAGGGCGAGAUCAUGGAUCAGGUGAAGCAACAGAUAGCCGUAGCCAACGCCCAGGAGCUGCUCACGCAAAUGACGCAAAAGUGCUUUCGAAAGUGUGUAUCGAAGCCAGGUUCCUCGCUGGAUUCGUCAGAACAGAAAUGCAUAUCAAUGUGUAUGGACCGUUUUAUGGACUCGUGGAACCUCAUCUCGCGUGCGUACGGACAGAGAUUACAGCGCGAGCAACAGAAAUACUAGGCACUCACUGUACCCUGCAUUGUAACAGAUCGGGAAAUUACAUCUACCUUAUUGAUUAGUUGUAACAAUAAACAAAAAACAUGCAUA